AUGUCCGAUUCCCCUGCUCGAGCCCCGCAGUCUCCGCCACCCGCAGCCCGUGGGAAGCAAGCGACUGAGGAGAGCGAGGGGGGACCGGACUCCAGCUGGCCCGGCGACGAGUCCUCCGGCGACGAGGCUGGCCGCGUGGCCAGGGCCCAAACGGUCCUCCCUGAGGCGGAGGUGGAGGACGAGGACGACGCGCCCCUGGUGCGGCGACCAAGGGUGCCGACGGCAGCGACCACCUCUGCAUCGGCCGCAAGCGCCGUGGAGGCUUCCCCGGCAACCGGGGCUGCGGCAACUCCACGAGGGUCCGCAGCCCCACCCAAGCGGGGAAUCUUCAGGGGCUACUCGCUCAGGCUCAACCCCUCAAAGGACAACGCUUCGGUCGGAGCCGGCAAGAGGGGGAGAACCGACACCACACCCGCCGCGCCUAGCAAGAAGCCGCGCACGCGGGCCAGUGUCAGUGCCAGCCAGGCCAGCACGCAGGCUAGCAGCGCCGCCUUUACGCCUGCCGCCGACCCGGUCCCAGAGGAGGAGGAGCCCGCGGCAGGAGAAACCCGGCCUGCAACGGACAGCCCGGCAGCAGAAGCCGGGACGGAGGGGGACAAAUCUCCCCCCACAAGCACGGCGGCCCCGCAAGGUCCCGAUGCGCCCACCACGGGGGCGGACGACACCGUGAUCGACCUCACCUCUGAAGUCGAGGACGCAGAGCUGAGGGACGAGCCGGAGGUGGCCCCCGCGCCGAUCCCCGCCGCCCCAGACACAACGGUGGUGGCACCCACCGCCGCUACCGGAGUAGGGCUCGAUGGCGCGUCCCCGGUCCUGCAGGUGAGGGAGCACCACGAGCUUGCGAAGGGUCAGCUGGGCGAAGUGCGGCAGGAAGUCGAGAGGGAGCGGCAGGAGCUCUCCCAGCUAAGGGAGGAGACCCGCCUGGCUUGGCAGGCCAGGGAUGAGGCCGCAACACCGGUCAUCUCCGAGGCGGAGCUCCACUGGCAACUGGAGGCCCAGCGCACCGAGCUCCAGCAGGUACUGGACUCGUUGGCCGCGGCGCAGGAGAGGGCCAACAAGGAGCAUGAGGAGGUGCUCGCGACAGCCCAAACUCGCCUCAACGAGAAGAGCGAGCUUGUCAGCAGCUACUCCUCCUAG